AUGCAGGAAAAUCCUGAUUUCAAAGGAUUUAAAAAGAAAGGAAUUGAACCACGGUUGAAUGAGUUAUUGUGGAAAAUGUUCGGUGACGUUGUAGCCACUGGAGAGCCUGCAUGGGCAGUUUCGUCUGGUGUUGUUCCAAAUGGAGUUUCUACGGAAAAUGCUAAACCUGUUGAGGGAUCUGGUGAUACGAAUGAGCAUGGUACCAAGAAUGAGGAUAUUCCUAAUCUUGAGGUAGCCUUAGACCCUUCUCUUGAAACUUCUAGUCGCGGCAAGCGAAUGCUUGGGGUUGUACAAGAUAAAGGUAAAAAAUCAAUUCCGAUUAGAAGAUCAGCAGGAAAGACAUUGGUUACUCAGAUUGAGAAGUUAUGUCAGAGUAUGUCUAAUCAAAGGAAGUCGGUGAACGAAGUUGUUUCUCCUCAUUCUCAGUAUACCAUUUCAGAUGCAAUGGAUGCGUUGCGAGCUUUGGAAAAAUGA